AUGAGACAGACAAAUGAGACAGAGGUGACAGAAUUCCUCCUUCUGGGACUGUCUGAUGACCUGCACACGCAGCAGCUGUUAUUUGUCACUUUCUUAGGUGUCUAUCUGGUCACUGUGCUUGGAAAUCUGCUCCUCAUGUUCCUUGUUCAGGCAGACUCUCGGCUUCACGCACCCAUGUAUUUUUUCCUGUGCAACUUGUCCCUGGCUGACCUCUGCUUUUCUACCAACAUAGUUCCUCAGGCCCUGAUCCAUCUGCUUUCAAGAAAGAAGGUCAUUUCCUUCACUCGUUGUGCAGCUCAGCUUCUGCUGUUUCUCAUUUUCGGGUGCACACAGUGUGCCCUCCUGGCAGUGAUGUCCUACGAUCGAUAUGUGGCAAUCUGCAACCCUUUGCGUUAUCCUAGUAUCAUGACCUGGAGAGUGUGUGUCCAGCUGGCCAUGGGAUCAUGGACUAGUGGCAUUUUAGUGUCUGUGGUGGACACCACUUUCACACUAAGGCUGCCCUACCGAGGCAGCAACAGCAUUGCUCAUUUCUUUUGUGAGGCUCCUGCACUGUUGACUCUGGCAUCUACAGACACACAUACUUCAGAAAUGGCCAUUUUUCUCAUGGGGGUUGUGAUUCUCCUCAUACCUGUUUCCUUAAUCCUGGUCUCCUAUGGCCACAUCAUAGUGACUGUGGUCAAGAUAAAGUCAUCUGCAGGGAGACUGAAGGCUUUUUCUACCUGUGGCUCCCACCUCAUGGUUGUCAUCCUUUUUUAUGGUUCAGCAAUUGUCACUUACAUGACACCCAAGUCUUCUAAAGAGCAGGAGAAACUGGUGUCUGUUUUCUAUGCAAUAGUGAUACCCAUGCUUAAUCCCCUCAUCUACAGCCUGAGGAACAAAGAUGUGAAGGGAGCUCUGAGGAAAGUAGCCACAAGGAAGCUACCCCACUGA